AUGGCUUCUCACAAUCAAGCGGAAAUCGUACUAUACGAUCUGGCCUGCACCAAAGGCGUCUGCUUCAGCCCUGUCGUCUGGCGUAUCCGUCUGAUGCUCAACUACAAGAAAAUCGCCUACAAGGCCGUCUUCCUCGAGUUCCCGGACAUCGAACCUACUUUGAAAGAAUUCGGCAUUGCUCCCCACGCUCAAGGCAACGCAUACACCGUCCCGGCAAUCCACCACAUCCCCUCGAACAAAUACAUCAUGGACUCCCCCGCCAUCGCCGCCUUCCUCGAGCAAACCUACCCCAAUCCACCAGUCCCUCUAGAGUCAGAGCUGGGCGACAAGAUCCGCGCCGACUCCCGCGCCAUCGCCGCAAUCGUCCUCCGCAACUCCCUGAUGCCGCGCGAAGUCCGCAUCCUCGCGCCUCGCGCCGCAGAGUAUUUCCGCUCUGCACGGGAAGCGGCGCUGGGACCUAGCUUGGAGGAACUCCUGCCUCCUCCAGAGAAAGAAGACGAGGCGUGGGCGGCGGUGGAGGAGAAAAUGAGGGCGAAUGGGGAGAUGAUGCGGACGAGGAAGGCUGAGGGGCCGUUUAUUGAGGGGGCGAAACCUGGGUAUGUGGAUUUUGCGAUGGUGGGGAAUAUGCAGUGUGCGAGGGUGAUUGAUGAGGGGGUGUUUCGGAGGUUGUAUCGGUUUGAGGGGUAUAGGGAGGUUUAUGAUGCUUGUGGAGAGUGGUUGGAGAGGAAGGAUUAG